AUGGAUAACGUGCUUGUCUCGAGCUGGUUUCAUCUUCAUUCCUCAGUGCCUUUAUCUUAUGUUCAACCGCCGGAAAGUAGACCCGGCAGUGCUUUCGUCGUCUCCGGCAAGACGAUUCCGGUGGUGGAUCUUGAGGAACAUGACCAUGCUGAAAUAUUAAUGCAAAUUUUGAGAGCUUCGGAGGAGUAUGGAUUUUUCCAUGUUAUCAACCAUGGAGUUUCCAAGGAGUUGAUGGAUGAUACAAUGAAUGUUUUCAAGGAAUUUCAUGGCAUGGCAGAAGUAGAAAAGAUAAGUGAAAGUUCAAGGGACCCUAAUGGAAGUUGUAGGGUCUAUACAAGUCGUGAAAUAAAUAAGGAGGAUUGUGUUCAAUAUUGGAGGGAUACGUUAAGACAUCCUUGUCCACCUUCUGGUGAAUUCAUGGAGUUUUGGCCACAAAAGCCUGCAAGAUACAGAGAAGUAGUUGAGAGAUACACACAAGAACUAAGACUCUUAGGGCUCAAAAUUUUGGAACUUGUAUGUGAAGGGUUAGGACUUGACCCAAAAUAUUGCUAUGCUGAGUUUAGUGAAAGUCCACUAUUGUUAGCUCAUCACUAUCCACCUUGUCCUGAGCCAAGUUUAACCUUGGGAACUCCCAAGCAUCGAGAUCCUAACCUUGUUACCAUUCUUUUCCAAGACAAAGAUAUAAAUGCUCUUCAAGUCUUCAAGGAUGGUGAAUGGAUUCUUGUUGAGCCAAUUCCUUAUGCUUUUGUUGUUAACAUUGGUCUUCUUAUGCAGAUCAUUAGUAAUGGAAGGCUCAUCGGAGCUGAGCAUCGAGUUGUGACGAAUUCUGAUACUUCGAGGACAACUAUCGCGUAUUUUAUUCGUCCAUCGAACGAAAAUAUUAUAGAACCUGCAAAGUCUUUGACAUGUUCAGAUUCUCCUCCAAUAUACAAGUCCAUUACAUUUGAAGAGUUUUUGAGAAAUUUUAUGAGUAAAGGUCCUGAUAUUGAACCUUACUUGCUCUUAUAA